UGAUGAUAAUUUGUGGACUAAAUGUUCAAGGAUUUCAAAUGAACAUGACGCAGUAUUACAAAAUGCCACCCUUGUAUGACUUCGAUAGUUAUGAUCGUUGCCUGCAAGAGUUUAAUGCUGAUCAAUCGAUGUAUUGCUUUGUGCGUGCAGAUGUUUUGCCAGAACCUAAUGCUGAAGCUUGGCAAGCCAUUGAAAAUAUAUCGAAAUAUUAUAAACAUCAUUUUAAUCAUGGCCAUUUGUAUUUUGGUAUAUGUGUGGAAUGGUGUCGAAGGCAAAUCGAUAUAUUGCCAAAAGAUGAAGCUGAUUCUUUACACAUUGGAAUACUGAAGAAUAAUACGAAGGUCAACACUUAUUUAAAUUUAUUUCAAUCAGAGGAAUUAAAUCGUCAAGUAUGGAAUCCACUAAUGAAUCAAUGUGUCAAUUUGCGUCUUAAGAAAUAUAAAUUAAGAGCUGAAAGUGUCAUCGAAUAUUGCAAUAAAAGUAAUGAAACUGUUGAAAAUGAUCUCUGGAAUUUUACAUUUUAUAUUGUAUUGUGGCUGUUGAUAAUAUUAGUAGUUGGCUGUAGUCUAUUUGAUUUAUAUCUUAAAAAUCAAAAUAAUGAUAAAUUGUUAACGGAUCGUGAUCACUACACUGCAGCACCUACAGAUAUUGCUUCCAAAAUUGGUGUAGCCUUUUCGAUUGCCCGCAAUUGGUACCGCUUGAAUCAAGAACCAACAGGCAAAGUAGGCAGAGAGUUAAGAUUUUUGGAUUGUUUUAAAUUUUUUGCCAUGUUUUUGGUUAUAUUUGCACACACAAAUUGGGUGCUGUACGAAGGUGCCAUUAAUAAUCCCCAAGAUCCAGAACGACUUCUGCACACCGCUACGGGUACUCUACUGAUGGCCGGAUCAUUGAUAACAGUUACAUUUUUUGUAAUAGGAGGAUUUUUAUUCAUGUUAAAUUGGUUAGUCUUUGUCAAGGCAAACAACGAAGUGACCACAAAGGAAUAUAUUUUAACAUUUUUGAAAUUUAACAUAUUUCGAUACUUAAGAUUAACAAUACCCUAUGCCUUUGUUAUUCUAUGGAGUGGUGUAUACUUUGAAAAUGCUGGUGGACCGAUGUUUCAUCACAUAUUUGGACGGGAACAGUUGUCAUGUCGCAAAAACUGGUGGAUCAAUUUACUAUAUCUAAAUAAUCACAUCAAUGUUAAUGAAAGGUGUAUGCUGCAAGCUUGGUACUUGGCCUCGGAUACUCAGUGUUUUGUGAUUAGUCUAUGUAUACUGAUAUUGGCUCAUAGGUUUUCAAAACAACGCAAAUGGAUUUUGUCAACAACAGUAACAUUUUUUGUACUUUUACCGGGAGUAUUAACAUAUAUAAACAACUACGAAGCCAUGUUUAUAGCUGCACCACAAAUUCAACGCGAUUCCUUUAUAGAAGGUCGACAAUUUAAUGAGUCCUAUGUACCAUUUCACAUGAAUUUUGCUUGUUAUUUUUUUGGGGUUUUAUCGGCAUUAGUUUACGAUUAUGUGUCUUCGAAUCGUAUUAAAAUUAAAGAAAACCGUUGGCUACACAUUACGUUCUAUGCCUUGAUUCCUACUGGCAUUCUGUGGCUAUUCUCUGGGCAUUCAUUUGUACAGGAAUACUCCGAUGGAGAGGAAAGACGUUUCUGGGCCAGCGUUUAUGCUGCUGUCCAACGAAAUGUAUGGGGAUUCGGUUUAGGUGCAUUCAUUGUGGGAAUGUCAGCGAAAUGUGGAUGGGUUCUAAGGAAAUUUUGCUGCCUACCGGUAUUUCGUAUUUUAGGACGUUUGACAUAUGGCGCUUUUAUGGUACAUCUUAUAAUAUGUAGAGUUGUAAUUGCAACUCUAAGAGAACCUAUUUACUUUGGAACUGGAAUGAUGUUUGCAUUUAUUGUAUUCACUAUGUCAGCAUCAUAUGUGGUGUCAUUUAUUUUGGCCAUUAUACUUGAGCUACCAGUAUCCUCAAUAUUAAAACUAUUACGAUGA